AUGGCUGGAUUGCCGCUACUGAUGACCUGGCUGGUGCUGGUGCUCCAGCUCCUCCAGUUGGAGGCCCACUACAUACAGAUCGACCACGAGGAGUUUCGGGCCAGCGGCUUCCCGCAUCCGCACUUUCCACCGCCGCCGUUGACGCCUCUGGAUCACCUGCCCCAGGUGCUGGCCGCCAAAGAGCUAACUCCCGCCGAGGUGAUGGUCGACCUGACCAACGACCUGACCCACCGCCUGCUCCACUACCACUCCAUCCUCAACCGCAACAACUUUGCCUUCUCGCCGACCGCGCUGGUCAGUGUCCUGGUGGCCCUGUACGAAGGAUCGGCGGGCAACAGUGCCGAGGAACUGCGUCAUGUGCUCCAGUUGCCCAACAAUCGAGACGUUACCCGAGUGGGCUAUCGCGACAUUCACCGACGACUGCGGACAUAUUUCUUUGGCUCCGAUAAUCCCCUAAAGGGGCUCAGCUUGAACAAGUCCAAUGUGACGGUUCUCAAAGACUUUGAAACCGUUCUCAUGUUCUAUGGAUACGAUCUCAGCAUCGACAUGCUUUCCUCAACACCAUCCAACCUUACGUCGGAUGCUGAGAUAGUCAACACCACAAUGGCCAGCAAUUCUACGACCGAGGAAAUGGAAGCGGAGACAACAACAUUGAAGGAUGCGGAAAGCACAACGGUAGAGCCGACCACUACGACUACGGAGGCACCGGCAACCACGACGACAGAGCCUCCAACCACCACGACAGAGGCUCCAGCGGAGGCGGAAGCCACCACAGAAGCCCCUGCUACAACGUCGGGCGAAGAGGAGGCCGAACCCGCUGGCGAGGAUGAGGCAGCCGAGUUGGUGUCUGCAUUUGUGGCCGAGGAGGACUCCGAGCCGCUGCUUCGCAUCCAGAAGGCCCGCGUCUCCCGUCUGCCCACCAGCAAGCUGCAGGCGCCGCUCAAGCACUCGAAUCCCAUCACGCCGAAGCCCAUUUACCUGCCCAGCGCCCGGACAGCGGCCAUGCCGAUGAUGGCUCGCCAGGUGGCGGAGCGGAAACCAUCGCCCACACGGCAGGUAAUUUCCAUUAUAGCGCCUCAGGCAGCAAACAUCUCGCUGACUCGAAAGACCAAGAUGGUGCGCCACAAGCGUCACGCGCUGCCAGGCUACAAGGAUCUGGAUGCGAAUCUCUUCCUGACACUCUUCAAUCCGCACACGCAUGUCCCGCACCAUCCGCUGCACAUCCCCCCGCCUGUUACCGCUGCCUUUGCUCCGAUCACCAACGACUUUGAGCCACACUAUAUAGGAGAGGCGGCCGAGGGCAAGUCUAACUACAAUACGGAUGUGAUCAGCCACGUGUUCUACCUGGGCAACCAGCAGGUGGUGCACACCACCUUCAAGGUGUAUAACGCAGUGCUGUAUUACAAGUACUUCGAGCAUCUGAAAAUGAGCGUGCUGGAACUGGAACUGGACACGCCAGAGUACAACCUGAUGAUCCUGCUGCCUGACUAUCACACGGACAUCGUGGCAGCUGCAGCCUCCCUGAAGUUGGGACCCACUCUCAGGUUGAUGCGAAAGCAGUUGAAGCCGCGAUGGGUGCAGGCCAUCAUACCCGACUUUAAGCUGCAUGGGACCAUGUUCCUGACCAACGAUUUGCAGAAUAUGGGAAUAUGUGAUGUCUUCGAGCCGAAUCGCGCCGAUUUUCGACCCAUGACUGAUGAGAAGGGCGUCUACGUGCGGCACAUUGAGCAAUCCAUAGACGUCACCAUCCGUACGCAUCCCAUCAAUCAGCUGAAGCGCAACUAUGGCUCCCAAACAAAACCCAUUCAGAUCUCCGUGAAUCAUCCGUUUCUGUUUUUCAUCGUGGAUCGCGACCUGGACGUCGCUGUUAUGUCGGGCCGCAUUCUGAAUCCGCUGAACGUGCGCAUCCAAUGA